GUUGAAGAAUAUAAAAUCAGGAUGUACCGGUACAAUGAGAUCGGUACAUUGGAAGGGUGUUAAUGUAGUGAUCACGGUGUUUGCGUAUCUGUGGAAAUACGAAAAAGUAUACUGAUCGACAGCGUAAAUCAAUGAUAAGAUAAAAUAUAUAAUGCCGCAUAAUAACAGGAAAUAAACUAAUAUGUUUCCUCGCGGCUGUCAAGACCAUUAGGAAGGCUUGUUUCCCCGGUAGAAAAAGGUACAGGAUGUUAGUCCAUCAGAAAUGUAGGGACAGGUAGCACAAUGUUUGCCACAAUGGAAAGAGCCGGAAGGGAGUUGAACUUUUUGAUCUAGUAUGAGGUAUGGUUUUGGCAAUCACCAGCUAUUCUUGCUACCGAAUUCUCUGUGCACGUGCUUUACAAAUGCCCUGCUGUGAAGAAAGGGAGACUUAAAAUAACUAUUAAAAAAUAGAUGGUUUGUGCGCAUUGACCAAUGAGUCACCAAUCCACAAACAUUUGGAUUUGAGUCACCCUUCCGAGGUCAUUGCCAUGUGCAUUUAGUGGAUAAUUGGUCUCGUGCAGGUCGCUCUAUCUUUUUCUGCUUUACCGUGCUGAUGAGACCUCAGCAGGUCGGCGAAAAAAUUGUCCACGGUUGCAUAUUGUAUUUCAGUUUGGACUCUGAGCUACUCCAACUUAUUUGUGAAUUGUUUUUCUGCUCCAUACUGGCGGGGCUUGUUUAUGACAGUACAGAAACGUCACAGUACUUCACACCACAAAGACAAAAGAGGGCCCAAAAAGGGUGACCCGGCCCACGGGAAGCAGAAACUGCAAUGGACCGCAUACGAUAAACGCUGCCAACGUAGGAAGCCCACGCGCACUUGAAAAACAGAAACACACGCACGUGCGCACAACUCGGGUGCGUAAGUGCUCGUACCCGACGGUUGUCGACUGGCCGAAAGGCCUGGGUCCUACUGGGUCCAAUUUAACCUCCUGACGUGACAACAGUUCCUUGUAAGUAAAACAGCUGAAAAAUAUCGCCGUUUGCGCACAAAUAUACUUAAACAUGGAGAACAUGGAGUGCGAUCCUGUGGAACACGUAUACAUUACGCAAGGAACGCCUGAAGUAACUACGGACACAGAUUCUGACCCAGAGAUGGGCAAAAGUGACGAUACCAAAUCAAACAUGGCUCGCUGGGCUUCACUUGAACGGAUUCGAGAAGAAACUCGGAUUGUCGUUUUAGAUUACUUAGGCUCACUACCUGCAGAUAAAUUGACUGCUAGAAACUUUACUCGCUCAGAAAGUAGGGCACCGUGUUUAACUAGAGCCAUGUCGAAGUUAUCAAAGAGUUCUAGCGAUGCUGGUGCGUACGAGCAUAAACGGCAGAAAUUUCUACGAAUGGCAAGACUACAACGCAAGUUAUCAUUAAACUUGAAGAGAGACAUUGAAACAUUCGAUCAGUCGAAACUCAGGAACAGGGCUGAGAAGAGAAUGGAUUUCUAUAAGAGACCAAAUGACCUGGCGAUUUCAUCAUGUGGACCUUGUUUUGACCACACACCUUCACCUGUGUUAUCUCCUGAAGGUCGUGUUGCUGCUAGACUAGACAAAAUCAGUCAGGAAAUUAUGGAAAUGGUGCCGAAUUUGUUAGAUGAGCCCCUGAUGAUUAUCCAAGCAGGAUCUCUGUCAUAUGAACAAUUUUGCAUAGCUGCUAGAAAACUAACAUUUGACCUUCAGAUUGUUGGCUGGUCAAAGGUAGCAUUACUGUGCCAUUUUGCUCGUGAAGUAGCCAUCAUAGGAGAGUUAGAUGAUCUACAACUUGAGCAGCUAGCUGAGCACAGUUUAAGGUUUAUUCAAGAGAGCACAUCUGAAUGGAUAGAGAAGAAAGGAGGAUGGGCUGCUUUUGACGCAGAAGAUGAAAAUGAUAUACUGGAUACACAAAGCCUUCUAGAAAAGUACAGGGAAUGGGAAGAGAGAGAUGGGAAAGAUGCUAUGCAGUGGAGACGAGCCAGUGGAUCUAGUAGCAACAGAAACUCUUGGGACUCGUGGCUAAAAUAUGGUGUUGCUGCUGCAGCUGUGGGGAUUGGUGUUUGUUAUUCACUUAUCAAGCAAUAAAUAAUUACUGUGAUCAGAUCCACCAAAUACAUGUAUCAGCAUGGAAGGAAAGCCUAGUGUAGGGACUGUAUGACUGUGCAGCACAGAAAACACUGAUUGCUCAAAAAAACAAAUGCUCCUACGUAGAGAAUCAGUAGAGUGUAGGGUGUUCUGUAAUUUGGCCAUGUUGAGUGCAUCACCCACUAUGUACACUACAAGGCUGUACCAAA